GCAAGUGUUUUCUCGAAAGCAGUGCUUGGGGAACGGAGAAGAAGAGCUCCCAAGGUGUGAAACGGUUUUAAUUUUUUUAUAUGAUGAAUACAAAUAAAUAAGAGGAAUGAAAACUCGAGAAAACAGUGUCGUGGGAAAACAAAUUCGAAAGACGCGUGUGAUCAGUUCUUAGUGAUAUCGGAGCGGAUGGGUGUUUGCCAUUGGAUACAGUGGAAUCAGUGAAGAAGCACAUAAAUAAGCGCUCAUAUCAUAAAUUAGCUUGUGGAUUUCAGUGUCAAACGAACGUGUGAUUGAGUGACAAGUGAAAAAACGACAAUGAAACUUCGGUGCCAAUAAAUAACAUCAAGCACACCGCAUCGCCAUGAUUGCCAUAAGGUGUGACAGUUGAAGCGAAUACAAGCAAAGAAGCAAAACUUUCAUUUCAUAUGGAAUUGUGCACACAAAAAUGACGAAACCCAACCAAGCGACCAAAAGUGAAACUAGUGUAGCACAAUGUUAGCCGUAGACUGCCUGGUCGGUGGAUUAUUGCUUGGCUCGAUCGGUGUGAAUGUCCUAGCAUUAGGCGCUUUCUGGGUCACCCCAAGUUUACGAACGACUGCGAAUCGGUUCGUGAUUAACUUGCUGAUUGUGAACUUGGUAUGUUGUAUAAUUCUGGGCCCAUCGCUGCUGCUGAAUGCAUUUACAUCGAAAACGACGAUAUCGACGGUUUCUCCGUCAACGGUGGUGGUACUGGCCGCAACCACCGUGUCAACCUCGACGACAAACGCUACGGAGGCAUCGACCUCCGGAAACAGUGGACUUCCAUUCGCGACCGUCAUAAAUACCACCGCCACAGACGGCAAUAGUGUAAAUAAUCAAACUGAUAGGAUAAUUAAAUGCUUGAAUGCCACCACAACUACAACCACCAUCGAUUGUGAUACUAUUUUGAUAAGAAGCAAUGUAAAUAUUGAAGAUGCGCUGCACGUGAAAACUUCUCGUGAUGAUGUAAUCGAUCUGAAACUGACGCUAACCAAGAUAAGAUGCUGGGGGCUCGACCUGGCCGUGGCUCUUGGUGCUCUCUCAGUGCUGCUAGUAGUCGGCGAUACGUGGUGUGCCAUUACCGACCCCCUGAGGUACCAUUCUAGAAUUUCCGAGCUCAAGGCUUGGGCAUUCAUCGCAACAACUUGGCUGCUGGGGAUAGCCUUCGGAAUUGCUUCCGGAUUUCGCGGUGACCAGAAAAACAUUACUCUAUUCAACAACCGGAUAACAAGUGCUGAAGCAGCGGCAGCACUCGAAUCUAGUCAUUUAAAUAAUAAAAACCUAACGGCCGUCCACCAUGAAUAUGGCCUCAUAAAUCAUCUCAAUAUUUCCGAGGACUUGUACAACACAAUUUUCUCCUACACAUACUUUGUGAUUGUGAUUCUGUUGCCGUUUGCGCUCGUAUGUGGUAUGUAUUGGAGGAUAUUUUCGGAAGCCCGUGAGAGCGGUCAGCGGAUGCGGCAAAAUGGAUCUUCUCCGCUGCUGCAGAGUGCACUGAAUCUGGCAGCCGUUUCGGCACAGAAGCAAGCAGAAAAACAAGCCGAACAGCUGCGCCAGCAGUCGGACCGUGACGGUUGCGACGGGCUGACAAUGAAAAUCGAUAAACAGAUUCAUUAUGAAGAUGAAACCAUAACUGUAAAUAGUAUUCAACAAAGCAGUAGUAUUAGAAGCAAGGAUGUCUGUUUGAAGCCUUUGUUAUCGCCUACACCAGCACACCAGUGCAAACAAAUUUCGGAAGACAAACCGGCAGCAGUACAAAUUGCCAACAACACCACCGCAGUAGAAUUACUGUACACACCAAUUAGCAAACCGAAACCAUCGAUGAAACAAGACCGAAACCACAACAUCAUGUUAACGCCGCCUUCUGACCCACCUGGCAAAAUUCGACGCAACCACAGUGCCGGUCGGUUAGUCAGCUUCUGUGAGCCAAAUCAGGAAAUACGCCCUGGCUUGCGGCAAGUUCACUCAACACCAAAUUUCCAAAAUAUCGCAUCACAAGAGUUUGACCACAUCGGUAACCAUCACAUACUCUCCUUGCCUGCGGUACACGUGCCCCCGAAGGCACUGAGCUACAUGACUUCGAUUCGACAUCGGCUCUCGAAUGCAUCUUCCCUGUUCAAAUACCGCGAAGAAUCACGUGCAGCUAGAAUCAGCAUUCUGGUUAUAAUUAUGUUUCUCGUAUCGUACCUCCCGUACGGAGUGCUGGUACUGAUGCAGGGCCACGUGGACUUGGUGCUGAUUUCCGACCAAGCCCUGCUGGCUAUUUUUACGGUGGUUGUCGCGAAUCUGAGCUCGCCGUUCAUCUUUGCCUACCGUAACAAACGGGUCCGUCGGGGCGUUAAACGUUUGCUGGGGAUCGACAGGAAAACCAAUGAGCGGCUGCAGAAGCUCACCAGCAGUAACACCCAUUUCAACAACAACAACUACAACACCAACAUCAGCUUUCAUCAAGCCACCCCCAACGGGACAGCCACCGGACCGGACGGUGCGGAUUCCAAUGGGUUCGGGUUGCAGCACCAUAAAUCGCACAAGGUACGAAUCGCCAAUCUCUCGCGGAGUAACAGUUCGUGCAAGUACCUUACCCCGAACCACGCGGCAGCCGUCGCCGUGGCCAAUGGGUUCAUCGUCGAGUUCGAGCGGUAUCCAUCGGACGAGCUCAACAGUCUGUGCAUCCAGAAGAAAUCGAUACUGAAACGAGUCUGUGAUAGCUCACGGAAGUGGGGCUGCAACUUUGCCACCAACUCCUGCACCAGCAACGACGAGCAGACGGAGGUUUAACUGUGAGUUGGGUUGUGGGUCGGUUCGGGAAGCGAACGUAAGGUAGAAUUGAUUUAGAUUAGAUUGCCUGGAGAGGUGAGAAUCAUGUUUCGCGGGAAAGUUCGAGAAGGGGUGGUUGUCGUACGGAAAUGGGUAUUUUACCUGUGUUACAAUUCAAGCACUUCAAACGUCAUUCCGAGAAAUUAUGAAUGAGACUUGUAAAGUCUAAUGAUAUCGACCACUUAAAACGAGAUGUUGGAUCCAUCAAGUAGCUGAGACAGCUCUUAUUGAGGGGUACAAAGGUCCAUCGUAUCAAGUGCUUACACAAACGUGUUAAGGCAUCGAUGCUUGUUCGGGGAAGUUUCAUGGAUUAAACUUUCAUUUCCGGGAAACACCAAAAGCUAAGGCAGCAUUCUUCACAUACAGUUUAUUUCUGAUAUUUCGUGAAAUCCUCGAAAUAUGAAAAUGCUUUUAUGAUUCUAAACCUAGGUAUCAAGUAAUGUCUCAAAAGCUUACCGAGAUCCUACCGAACUUUUUUAGACAAUCGUGUUUCCUUGAGAGCAAAUGGAAAUUCACUUCUGAUAAAACGAGUUUGUAUCUUCCCAUUUAAUUCCACUACUUGAUUGUACCUUUACAGAUAAGUGUUUUGAUCGAUUUUUCGAUUUGUUCGACUUAUUUAAGGCUAACUUUCCCUUAGUUGGUGCUCCAAACUAUUUUUAAAAUUUAAAAUAAAAUAUCAAAAAAGUUGUGUUUUUCAAUGCUGGCCUACCAUCGCCCGAUUUUGUAUCAACGGUCAGUUCCUCAGGCCGGAUCA